UGUUCUUCCGUUUCGCGCCUAAAAUUCUCAACGUACAAAGCGUAGAACAGAACUUGUUGAAAUAUAUGCAGAACUGGUUUGUCAGCCUAUAAUUAACAUGGGGUUGAAUACGGAAUUGAAAAGCCUCUCCGUAAGAAACGGUGAUCAUUCUUCCCCGAAAACGCCGGUCAAGGAAUUAGCACGAGGGAAGAUGCACGUUAUCAAGCGCAAUGGGCGUAAGGAAGAUGUUCAUUUUGAUAAAAUCACUUCAAGAAUUGCAAAACAGUGUUAUAAUUUAGAUAUGAACUAUGUGGAUCCAUCUGCUGUUGCAAUUCAAGUGAUACGUGGCUUAUAUUCUGGAGUGACUACAGUUAUAUUGGAUAAUCUUGCAGCUGAGACCGCAGCUACUAUGGCAACUGAUCAUCCUGACUAUGCUAUAUUAGCUGCACGAAUUGAUGUGUCUAAUCUACACAAGCAGACUAAGAAGAGCUUCAGUGAGGUCAUGCACGAUUUAUAUUAUGCUAAGAAUCCAGUCACGAGUGAAUAUACUCCUAUAAUCAGCGAACAUUAUUAUAACAUUAUCAAGAAUAAUGCAGAAAAACUGGACUCUGCUAUAAUAUAUGACAGAGACUUCAAUUAUAAUUAUAUUGGUUUUAAAACACUGGAAAGGAGCUAUCUAUUGAAAAUUAAUGGCACGAUAGUGGAAAGACCACAACACAUGUUGAUGAGAGUGGCUGUUGGCAUUCAUGAAAACGACAUUGAGAAAGCUAUAGAAACAUAUAACUAUUUAUCCGAACGAUACUUUACGCAUGCUUCACCGACGUUAUUUAACGCCUGCACCAACAAUCAACAGAUGUCCAGCUGCUUCCUCUUAACACUCGACGACGACAGCAUAAAGGGUGUAUAUGGCAUGCUGAAGAAAUGUGCGCUCAUCAGCAAAUAUGCCGGUGGAAUAGGUCUCAAUGUUCAUUGCAUUCGUGCAAGCACGGAGAAUACGUAUGAGACGGGUGGAACUAACGGAUUGAUUUCCGUCUUAAAAUUAUAUAACGACAUGGCUAUCUAUGUUGAUCAAGGAGGAAAUAAAAGACCAGGAGCGUUUGCAAUUUACUUAGAACCGUGGCAUGCUGAUAUCUUUGAUUUUCUGGAGCUUAAAAGAAACAUUGGCGAUGGAAAUAUGCGAGCUAGAGACUUAUUUUAUGGUCUGUGGAUACCAGAUCUUUUUAUGGAACGUGUGUACAAUGAUGAGAUGUGGAGCUUGAUGUGUCCUUAUGAAUCUCCCGGCUUAGCUGAUGUUUGGGGUGAUAAAUUUAAAGAAUUGUAUACUAGAUACGAACGCGAAGGUCGCUACAGAAAGCAAGUAAAAGCUCAAGAAGUAUGGUUCGCUAUUCUCAGAUCGCAAGUAGAAACCGGAACGCCUUAUAUGCUUUACAAAGACCACUGUAAUCGAAAGUCUAAUCAUCAGCACUUAGGCACGGUCAAAUGCAGCAACUUGUGCACCGAGGUCAUCGAAUAUUCCAGUCCCGACGAAGUCGCCGUGUGCAAUCUGGCAUCCAUCGCCGUCAAUAUGUUUGUCAAUACCAACAACAAAACUUUCGACUUCGAGAAACUCAAGACAGUCACAAAAAUCGUCACUCGCAAUUUGGAUAAAGUUAUCGACGUCAAUUUUUAUCCUAUCCCGGAAACCAAAAAAUCUAAUCAAAGGCAUAGACCUAUUGGUAUUGGAAUACAAGGUUUGGCAGAUGCGUUUCUGUUAAUGCGACAUCCGUUCGACAGCAAAGAAGCGAAGGAACUCAACAUCAAAAUCUUCGAGACGCUUUACUAUGGCGCCUUAGAAGCCAGUUGCGAGUUGGCUGCGGAAAAAGGCACUUAUGAAACGUAUCAAGGCAGUCCGGUCAGCCAAGGCAUCCUCCAAUAUGAUAUGUGGAACGUCAAGCCGACAGAUUUGUGGGAUUGGGACAAGUUGAAAGCAGAGAUCGCAGAGCAUGGAGUGAGAAAUUCGCUUUUAAUAGCACCUAUGCCGACGGCUUCCACGGCGCAGAUUCUCGGAAACAACGAAUCCAUCGAGGCAUACACGAGCAAUAUUUACGUGAGACGCGUAUUGUCCGGGGAAUUCAUCAUCGUUAAUCCGCAUCUGUUGCGAGACUUGACCGCCAAAGGUUUAUGGGACAAAGAUAUGAAGAAUGAGCUGCUUUCGAAUUUUGGAUCUGUUCAAAAUAUCGAUCGUAUUCCCGAUGAUUUGAAAAUGCUCUAUAAAACUGUAUGGGAGAUACCGCAGAAAGUAAUUCUCGAAAUGGCGGCCGAUCGAGGGGCUUUCAUCGAUCAGUCGCAAUCCCUGAAUGUUCAUAUAGAUGAUCCGACACGUGACAAACUUACGUCGAUGCAUUUCUUCGGUUGGAAAAGUGGCUUAAAGACUGGCAUGUACUACUUGAGAACAAAACCAGCUGCAAAUCCUAUACAGUUUACAGUGGAUAAAUCAAAAUUACGAAAUUCGGAGUCCGCAUCCAUAGUUUCCAGUCCUCUUACUCCAGUCUCGUCCUUAUCCGUAUGCAGUUCUCCUCCUGUUCAAUCACCCAAAACUGACGACAAUAAUGAUAAUAACGAUACUGAAAGACAAAAUGAAUUAAGUCAGGCAGCGAGUGGAAAUCAACGUGAACUAGCACGAGCCAAGAACUUAAAGAAAACUGUAAAAAAAGCAGCAUCUGAACAAGAGAGCAAUAAAGGUCUUUCCUUGGAACAGCGCAAAGCACGUGACGCGGAUCGAAUGAGAGAGAAGCAACUUAAGAAGCAGCAAGAUCAAGCAGAGACGUCUAAGCAGGCAGCGAGAUAAUUUAGCGGAAGAGGAGUGUAUAAAUUUUUAUAAUAUAAAAACGGCUAUCACAUUCAAUGGCUACGUUUAAAAAAUUCACGACUGUACGAGACACAGAGGCUAAUGCUCACUGGGAACUUAAAAGGGAAUUACAAUGUUUCUGAUGUUAGAGAAUCUUUCCAUUGCCGGCCGCAUACAAGCCUGUCGGCCGUACGACAUACCGCAGGACCUAGCCUGGAUUAUCUUGUUAUUUACAUAUUGCUCAUAAAAAAAGGAAUACAGUUAUAGUCAGUGUGUACAAAACUCGACAUUAUCUACAUCUAAAUUCAGUCAAAGAAAAUGCGCGUUUGACUGGUUUCUCUAGAUAUAAGGAUCUUAAAAUAAUACAAUAUUAGUAGUACUAAUUUCUAAUCUGUGUAAAUUCAGAUUUUCACUUAUUUAAUAUGUUAUAUAAUUAAAUGUGUAACAAGUGAGCGACUAUUACGUACGUAUGCGCUAUUAUCUUUCCCUUUUACUCCUAAUAAACUGUUCAAAUUUUAA